AGGGAAAGCCGUAUGAGGCAAGGAGGCGGAGGAGGGCGAGCGUCUCAGCUGGCUCGGACGGGGGGUCUUUUCCAGACCAUGGCCUCCUCCACCGGUGAGGACGUAAUAACCAGCAAGGAGAACCGGGAGGAGAAUAUCGGCAUGAACUUGAUGGAGUUUUCGGAUGAAAUCCUCUUGCACAUCUUGCGGUACACUCCCGUGUCGGAUCUUGUCUUGAAUGUCCGAAGAGUCUGUCGGAAACUUUCCGUCCUCAGUCUUGACAAAAGCCUCACUCACACCGUGAUCCUGCAUAAAGAUUACCAGGUGGACAAAGACAAAGUGAAACAGCUAAUGAAGGAGAUUGGAAAAGAGAUCCACGAGCUGGACAUGACCGGCUGUUACUGGUUGCCCGGCUCGACCGUCGAUCAGGUGACCCGCUGCAAGAACCUGGUGAAGCUGAACCUCUCCGGCUGCCACCUUACCUCCCUCCGCCUUUCGAGGAUGCUCUCGGCCCUGCAGCACCUCCGCUCGUUGGCCAUCGACGUGAACCCCGGGUUCGACGCCUCCCACCUGAGCAGCGAGUGCAAGGCCACCCUGAGCCGGGUGCUGGAGUUGAAGCAGACCCUCUACACGCCCUCCUACGGGGUGGUCCCCUGCUGCACCAGCCUGGAGAAGCUGCUGCUGUACUUUGAGAUCCUCGAUCGGUCCCGGGAGGGGUUGAUCAUCUCCGGACAGCUGAUGGUAGGGGAGAGCAACGUGCCCCAUUACCAGAACCUACGGGUCUUUUACGCCAGGUUAGCGCCUGGCCCGGUCAACCAGGAAGUGGUGAGGCUGUACUUGGCCGUGCUGAGUGACCGGACGCCCGAAAAGCUCCACGCUUUCCUCAUCUCUGCCCCGGGUGGGUUUGCUCAGAGCUGCGCCGUUAAAAACCUCUUGGAUUCCAUGGCCAGGAACGUGACGCUGGACGCCCUUCAGCUGCCUCGCUCCUGGAUGAACGGCUCCAGCCUCCUGCAGCACCUGAAGUUCAGCAACCCUUUCUACUUCAGCUUCAGCCGCUGCAGUUUGUCCGGUGGGCAGCUGGUCCAGCGGGUGCUGAACAGCGGCAGGGACUUGGGUGGCUUGGUGGGCUUGAACCUGAGUGGCUGCGUCCACUGCCUGUCCCCCGAUUCCCUGCUGCGGAAAGCGGAGGACGACAUUGACAGCGGGAUCGCCGAAACCCUGGUGGACACGUGCCGCAACCUGAAGCAUCUCAACCUCUCCGCUGCCCACCACCACAGCCCGGAAGGCCUGGGGAAGCACCUGUGCCAGGUCCUGGCGCGCCUGAGGGGCCUCCUCUCGCUGGCGUUGCCGGUUUGCGCCGUGGCCGAUGUAGCCGCCACCCUGCUGACUGCUGACAAGCCUUCGGUGCAGCCAGUGGCUCACUCGGCCUCUCAAGGGCUCGGGAAGAAGGUCCGGAUCGGAGUGCAGGCGUAUCCCAGGAACUGCUUGGAGCAGAGCGUCCCCAGGCCGCCCUCCUCCGUCUUCUGGACUCUCUUGGAGAACCUCCCGUUUCUGGAAAAGCUGGAGCUGAUCGGCUCCAGUUUUUCCUCCGCCAUGCCCCGCAACGAGCCGGCCAUCCGGAACUCCUUGCCUCCCUGCAGCCGGGCGCAGCAUAUCGGGGACGCCGAGGUGGCUGCCAUUGGCCAGCUGGCCUUCCUGCAAAGCCUCACCUUGGCCCAGUUGCCCAACAUGCUCACGGGCUACGGGCUGGUAAACAUUGGGGUGCAGUGCCAGCGCCUGCGGACACUCUCCUUGGCCAACCUGGGCCUGAUGGGGAAAGUGAUGUACGUCUCGGCUCUGGUGGACAUGCUGAAGCACUGCAGGUGUCUGCAAGAUCUCAGGUGA